AACGCACCAAUUUUAUGGCGAAACCUCCCUGUUUAGAUAGUGGACAGUAUAUUUUAUUAUGAAGGUGUAACCGGACGUCUUUGUGCUUCUCCAGAUAACUUGACGUCAGCCACUCCUGUCUGUGUACGGCAGCUCGGAGGGCUCACUCCGCGCCGCUCCGCCACUCCUGCUGACGAUGGGAGACGUUCUCUGCGAAGAGCUCGAGGAUUUAGUUCAUUUUUCAGUGCACGACCUGCCGGCACGAGGCUAUGUCGUCAUGGAGGAGAUCCGACGUCAGGGGAAACUUUGUGAUGUCACGCUCAAGGUUGGAGAUCAUAAGUUCAGUGCUCACCGGAUCGUUCUGGCGGCCUCGAUCCCGUACUUUCACGCCAUGUUCACCAACGACAUGGUGGAGUGCAAACAGGAUGAGAUCCUGAUGCAGGGCAUGGACCCCAGUGCUCUGGAGGCUCUGAUAAACUUUGCGUACAGCGGCCAUGUUGCCAUCGACCAGCAGAACGUCCAGUCUCUUCUGAUUGGCUCGAGCUUCUUGCAGCUGCAGAACGUUAAAGACGCCUGCUGCUCCUUCCUGCAAGAGAGGUUACAUCCGAAGAACUGUCUGGGUGUGCGUCAGUUUGCAGAGACCAUGAUGUGUACGACUCUGUACGACUCGGCCAACAGUUUCCUCCAUCAGCACUUUGUGGAGGUUUCUGUGUCCGAGGAGUUUCUGGGUCUGAGGACGGAGGAGGUGCUGGAGCUGGUCGGCUGUGACGAACUGAACAUUAAAGCAGAGGAACAGGUGUUUGAGGCAGUGCUGGCCUGGGUUCAUCAUGACCGGGACCGGAGGGAGUCUCUGCUGCCGGAGCUGCUGUCAAAGAUCAGACUUCCUCUGUGUCGACCUCAGUUCCUGUCAGACCGAGUCCAGCAGGACGAACUCAUACGCUGCUGCCAUAAAUGCAGGGAUCUGGUGGAUGAAGCCAAAGACUUCCACCUGAUGCCAGAGCGGCGUCCUCACCUGCCCGCUUUCAAGACCAGACAGAGGUGCUGCACGUCCAUCACAGGACUCAUCUAUGCUGUGGGAGGACUUAACAGCUCAGGUGACUCUUUAAAUGUGGUCGAAGUGUUUGAUCCAAUGGGGAACUUCUGGGAGCGCUGUCAGCCAAUGAGGACGGCUCGCAGCAGAGUGGGCGUGGCAGUGGUGAAUGGGCUACUGUACGCCAUUGGUGGAUACGAUGGCCAAUCCCGGCUCAGCACGGUGGAAGUUUACAACCCUGAGACAGACAGCUGGACACGUGUGUCGAGCAUGAACAGCCAGCGCAGCGCCAUGGGAACAGUUGUCAUCGAUGGACACAUCUACGUGUGUGGCGGCUACGAUGGAAAAUCAUCUUUGAACUCUGUGGAGUGUUACUCUCCAGAGACCGACAGGUGGACGGUGGUGACGGACAUGAGUGCGAGUCGCAGUGCAGCCGGUGUGACGGUGUUUGAUGGACGCAUCUUUGUCUCUGGCGGCCAUGACGGUUUACAGAUCUUCAACACGGUGGAGUACUACAACCACCACACUAACCGCUGGCACCCGGCGGCUGCCAUGAUGAACAAGCGCUGUCGUCACGGGGCAGCGGCUCUCGGCAGUCACAUGUACGUCGCGGGGGGGUACGACGGCUCUGGUUUCCUGAGCGGAGCCGAGGUGUUCAGCUCGGCGUCGGGACAGUGGAGCCUCCUGGUGGCCAUGAACACACGGCGCAGCAGAGUGUCACUGGUGUCUACGUCGGGACGGCUGUACGCGGUCGGCGGCUACGACGGACAGUCCAACCUCAGUUCUGUGGAGAUGUACAACCCCGACACCAACCGCUGGACCUUCAGGGCCCCCAUGGUCUGCCACGAGGGAGGGGUCGGGGUCGGCUGCAUCCCACUACAGCCGACCUAAACCCUCCAAUGAGAGGCCGAGGAUUGAUGCAUUACUGACGGCUGCAGGCACAGAGGCGGCGCCCUCUGCUGGCGUUCAUUGAGCUUCAUCGGUACAACGGCCAGGCUCAGACCUGCACACUGAUGCCAGGCCUGUGGGAUUAUGGGUAAAACUCUAGAGCUAGCCUGUAGAGGCUAGCCGCUAGCAUUGUGCUAUUGUCAAGCGCGUGAACUGAUUAAUGUUAAAUGUUGAUUUUAUACUUGAUUGAAACGGCCAACAGGAAGUCGCUUCCUCUCCAAAACACACGAAGCUGCUGACUUGAAACAGGAUGACCGCUCUGAUCCGUUUUCUGUGACUGAGUUCUAUUUUAUUGAUCGGUUGUAAUCGAAGAGUGUGAUUGACAGACAGGAAGUGGAGCUGCAGGCACAUGAAGACAGAACAGUCUGAACACGUCUGUGAAGACUGAAACAUCAUUUCAAUUAAAAACCCAAAACUGAAUUCCAAACAGAGGGCGAUAGCCUCCAGUGCCCCCUACAGGCUGCAGCGUUCAUUACAGUCUGAAGAUUAGUCUGUUCUGAAGCCUCGUUCUGACUUCCUGCCUGUCGGGGAGGUGGUGUUCACGCCGGCGUUUCCAUCUGUGUGUGGGUCAUUUCCCCCUCAGUAAUGACUACGGACACAGUGAGCUCCUGUCUGUCUGUGAACAGGCUCCUCCUCCUCUCAUUUAAAUGCCCUCCUUGUAUCUCUGAGUUUUUCCUUCUAAUUUAUUUGAUCAAUGUUUGUGUGAAAAUGGAGGAAGUGAAAAAUGUUGUUGCUAAUCUCAUAUAAUUAUGCUAACGUAUAGGUCUGUUUGGAACCAACACGAUACAGAAACAGUUAAAUCCAUCAGGAGAGUGAGAGCCUGUCAGAACUCAUCAGAUGUGCUGCUGAUGUUCUCCUUCCGGACGGUUUUCGUGAGUCUGUUCCUGUUUACAUGUAGUCAGAUUGUCUCCAGCAUCAGUCUGCUGAAUCAGCUGUUAGCUGCUCCUGUUUGCAGUGACCCGUGGAUGUUCAGACAACUAUCACUGGAUUACUUUGAUACUGAAGUUAAAAACAUGAUGAUUCUCAGGCGAGUUCUGAAUUGUC